AUGAACGGUGAAAUGAUCGAGGCGAAAACGAGACACGUUGACUGGUCAGAGGUGGAUGAGGACACAUUUGUUCGAUUAUGCGAAUUUGCUUAUUUCCGAAACUACACUCCCCCUACAUUUCGCCUGGUAGAUGGCAUGUUUCCCGCGGAAGGCACAAAACUUGCAAAGGGAAAAAGCAAACACAAGAAACGUCGCUUGAAUGCGAAUUCGGACGCAGCACCUAAACCUGAGCCUGAGCCUGAGCCUCAGACUGAUUUGGCGAUAGCUCCAGACGAAUCGCCCGCGUCCAAGCACACCAUCUGCAAUGAUGCCGAAAUUCCAUAUGCGGAACGAAGCAUCUGGACUAAACAAUUGCGCGGUGCAUUCGACAGGACCCUGAUCGUUCCGAGAAGGCAAAGCCAAAGCGACGAUUUGGGUUACGCUUACACACCACCCCGGAAUACCGGUCCCUGGGAAGACUUCAACCCUGUAUUUAUCGACCAAGCUAGACUCUAUGUCCUGGCCGACAAAUAUGGCAUAGAGUCGUUGCGCCGACUGAUCCUCUCCAAGCUGCAGGAAACGCUAAGAAGCUUCAAGCUAUAUGACGCGGGAGUCACUGGUAUUAUUGAGUUUGUUCGGUUUGUCUACUCGAACACACCACCAAAUCACGGCAAUCGGAUGGACCCCAUGAGGAAUCUCGUGACACGCUACAUAGUUUCUGUUCUUGGACAGAUUGGCAAAAACGAAUCUUUUCAGCAGCUCUUGGCAGACGGCGGUCCUUUCGUCUCUGACUUCUGGCCCAUCAUUUGGAGUACUGAUGAAACGGAUUCGGGUUCCAGCUGA